GUCCGCGCAACAAACAUGCCUUUUGCUGCGAUCAGAGGAAUGGUUGGUCCGAGCAGCACAAGAAACUGGUGGCCUGGCCCUCGAUACACUGCCAUCAAGGAGUAUGACGAUGGCGACUCACGGAGGCCUGCAACCGCUUGGUGCCAUGCGAUCAACUCCGCUCUGCUUCUCGCUUCGGCCAUGUUCAUUGCAGCUUUUCUAGGCACAAGGACGGCGAUGGUCAUAUCAAAGUCCACGUCCACAUGUCCUCGCCACGACCCACUCAGCUCUCCAAGUCCAAUGCUCAGCAAAGGAACCAGGAUCCCAUUUCUGGAGAACGUCCCUUCAAAACCCUCAAACUUCACUCCCCACGAAAUCCUGGGUCUCCCCGCGACGGUGGAGUCGAAUAAAGCCUGGCAUGCACUGAUCGGCCCAUCGAAAGGCUACAUCGAAAUCGCUCAUCCCGAACGCUACGGUUUGCCCGAGGGCAUCACACAUCCCUCCGACUCAAGCAAAAGCAUAUAUGGGUUGGCGAUGACCCAUGAGCUACACUGUUUGAUCCGGAUCCGCACCGCAUUCUACGAUCUCGUCGAAGGCCGGUUGACGCCCGAGGAUUUCCACAGUCCGCCUCGGCGGGAGCUCACAAAACUUCUUGCUUUGGACCAUGGCGCUUUCCAUCUCAACCAUUGCUUCGACUACUUACAGGAAGGCAUUCGCUGUGCUGCGCACCUCGAUGUUCAGUAUCCGGUUAUGCAUGGUGGGGCGGGAAUCUUGACGGGUGAACGAAUGUGUAAAGAUUGGGACGUUGUUCUUGGCAUUUUGGAAGAUAACUCGUUUGAUGCUUCUAAUAUGACGCUGUAGAUAUGGUAGGUAGGCUGACAGUAACACAGAAUGAUGGUGUCGCUG